AUGCAGUGCCCCUUUUGCCAUGAAGAAGUUGGUAGUGAAGAUGAUUUGCAGAUACAUUGUUUAGUCUGCACGUCAGCCUAUGCAGGUAGUGUAAAAGCUUAUUUGCUUGUAUUUGUGAAAAAAACUUGGAUGUUGUUGAUAGGGAUCGCUGGGAAAGAUGUAACAAUAAAUUAUUGAAAGUUACUUGAAUGAAAGCAAAUUAUUUUCGCGUUAUUGAGUCGAGCUUGUGUAUGUUUUUUUCACAGAACCAAGUGCGCCUAGGGCUCCCAGAGUGGAUAGCGUAGUUGUUCGCUUUCGUUGGGUUAAGUCAAGACCAUGCUUUGCGAGAGAAGUCCAUCUCAUCAGCUCUUUGGUGAGUCUAUUUACGAUUAACAUACACAGAUAAGGACUAUAGGGGGUAUUAAUCCAUCGAACAUGCCGUUUCAGUCUUUGGCCUUUUUUUUCUGUGCAACGGUUGUUAAGGUUUGUUAAUCCGACAGGAAAGGUAUCCGGAAGUUGAAGACGAAAUUGAUUUGUUUACCUUUCGGUUUGGUAUUUCGCUUGUUGUAAAGUAACCAGUGCUAUUAUGAACGUCUCUUUUUGAAGGUCAUCGAAAAAGUUAUGGUUUAAAGGCUUUAAUGUGUAAAAACAACUGGUACUGUUGUCAUUUUUCUGCACUCAGCUGGUCGGAAUGAGCUGGUGUAAUCUUUGCUUUGUUUCGACACUUCUUCGCAAAGCUGUAUUGAUAAUUCUUUAUUUCUCUCUUUCCAAUGUUUACUUUGGCCAAGUUAGGGAAAAUGCAUCGCUUAAAGAUGUUAUACGGGAAACAUCUAAACAGUUACUGUAUGUUUAACUUAACAGGGAAGUCCUUCAUUAAAUUUUAAUACACUUUAAUUUACUCAUGCUUUAAUAUGGAUUUCGUCUUAAAAUAAUAGUUGUUUCAAACUGCAUUUUCUACCUGUUCGCUCAACCAAUGCUUUGCCUUAUUGGAGAAAAGAGAAGUUCCAACGCAAAUACGUUGGUGAAUUAUUAUUAAAAAAUAAAUAAUAUGAAUUUGAUCUACAAAGGUUUUAUAUAUAUUGAGAGCCUGAGGUUAUAUGAUAUAAAACAGGUUUUAAUUUUUUUCGGUUGCUGUUAAUUAGCCAUUUCCAAGUUUCUACAAGCCUCUGUUUUAAAACGGCAGUAAGUGGAAAGCCUUUGCGUGAAAAUGAUUUCUAUUUUUAUUAAAAUCGCCAGUGUUGGCCUUGCUUUGAAAGUGACCAUUUUUUGGAACAAACAGGCAACAGCCAUUUUCAACUUGCAAAUUAAAUAUCGUGCAAGAAGUAGACUUGAAUUUUCAUUUCAAACCUUGUGAUCAAUAACUAAGUGACUUUCUCAAGACAAGUAAUUUACAGCUAGCCAGCUAUCAUUCACAUAUCAUGAUGAAUUUAAUAUCGUUUGUCAGUUAUGUGAAAUUGUUCUCCUAUUUGUCACAAUGGUUGUUUCAUUGUCACUGUGUCAUGGUUGUAGCUAGAAAAAAUUCUUAUUGAAGCAAUAUCAAAAUGAAAGUUUCUAUCUCUAGCCUUCUUAGAAAUAUGUUUUUUCAUAAUCACACUCACAAGAAACUUAAGAAUUUAACUAUGACAAAUGCUUUGGUUACCUCUAUGCUAUGAAUAUCUGUGGCUGUGUAUUAAUCAUAAACAAAAGGCAGUUGCAUUUCCUCAAAAUCCUACACAUUAACAUGGAUGCAUGGAUGUAAGCUGUCAAUAAUGCCUGGAACACUGGAUCCAAAGGUCUGGGUUUGUGUUCAAGCCUUAGAGAAGAAACUUUGCUUGUCUUUGUUUCUGUUCGCUCAGGUGUAUAAUUGAGUACCAGCGACAUGAUUCUGGUAGGUAACCCUGCAAUAGACUGGCAUCCCUUCCUGUGGGGCAGUGGAAAGAUUUUCUCUCACUUCAUGCUACAGAAACUAGCAUGAGCUCUGGAGGCCUGAUGAUGGGCCACUUGGCUCGAAUCAGUAGAGACUUUACUUUUUACCUAAUGUGCAUAGGCACUGAAUAAAAAGGUCAUGUUUUUUUCUAGGCUGGGUCCGUAAUACUUCAUUGGAAGGAAGAUGAAGGCCUGUAUGAGUCUGACACUACUGGUGUUCCUGUUGGUCAGCAUAUUUGUCAACUGGCUGUGGGUGGUGAUGUUAUAUCAACUGAAACAUUUGAAGUCAAUGAAGAAAGUGAUGUUAUAUUUGUAAUCAUUGAAGAAGGUACAAUUUUAGAUGUUGGUUUGUAAACAUGCCAAGUAAACAAUUCAAUUGUUUUAAUAAGAAUACUAUUUAUAGUGAAUCACGGGGCACCCAAUGACUGUUGAAAAUAGAAAUAUAAUACUGAAGUCCUUGUAAUUUGGAAAAGACUCACAACGUUUUUGCUAAGGCUUUAAGUAGGUGGCAAAAGCUUUGGAGUACAUGUGGUGGAGAAGGAAAAAACUCGCACCAAAGGUGCAACUUGCAAGCGCCAAAGGGUGAGUUUCUAGGGGGAUCUAGGGACAUGCCCCCAGAACAGAAGUCACUAGCCCUAUAGCAAAACAUAUUAGCCCCAGGCUAUCAAACUCCACUCUCUUUGCACCCUGGGAUAUAUUUCUCAAGUAUAAGCAUGCAUAAUCCACUUGGGACAUUUUGUAAAAGUGAUGAAGAAACCUGUUUCUGGUGAUUGUAAAUUAGGUUAAAAUAUGAACUUUAAACAUGUCAUCAGUUUUAUUGCCAAUAUGCUUGAAUAGGAGGGUAGGGGUCCAGGUUCUGGACUGCUGCAUUAUGUAUGAAAAGAUAUUUAGUCUGCACAAGUGCACUGCAGCCUGUUAACACAAUAAUUUUGUGUAACACUUUUCUGGCCCCACUAUUAUUUUUUACAAAAUACAUAAGGAUUUUUUGAAACAUAAGAAUUGUGCUCUAAACAUAUGAGCCAUUAGUGCUUUUCACUUCUGACGGAUAAGUGCUAAAAAGGAAGUAACAGGGGAGCAAUAAUUUCUUCAGUGGCAAGACGGUCACCAUGGCAACCUAACCAUAGCUCACCUGAAGGCAUCUCUUCGUGAUUUGAUAGUGUAACUCAUUGCAUGCAAUGUGCAUAAAGCCUUGUAUUAUGUAAAAACUGAUUUACCUUUUAUUCAUAUAGUCAUGUUAUUAAAAGAAAUUUAUCUAGGCUGCAAAAGUGUCAUGUCUAGUACAAACCAGUUGUAAUUACUUCUUGUUUAAAGGAAAUUUUAGAGAAACAACAACAUUUGAAGAUUCUGACAGAAGAGCAAGAGUAAGAACAAGUGGUGGUUUAGGAUCUGAGGAGGAAUCAGAGACAGUGGAAACACAUGACAGACAACAGCCUCCUCUUGGUAAAAUGACAAUGAUACAUUGAUUCAAUAGUGUAUGUUGUUAACAAGAUUAAGUUUUGAAUUAUUUGUCUAAGUGUACUCACCCUCUCUCUAUGAUACAUGACACAAUUUUUAUUUUUAGAAAGGACAUAUUUGACCAGGUUGAAGCCAUCAUUGUCACAUUAUUUAACUUGGUGACUUGGCACAAUUGUCAGCCAUAUAUUGGACAUUCAAAAACUGCAUUAAAAAGAUCGAGUCACUGUGCUUGUUUUCGCCCUGUGUGCAGCCCAUUAUUCUGAGUGUUUAUUCCUAGUUGAGCACGAAAUAUUUGAAACUUGAACAACCAUCAAAAAUUGUUAUCAUAUAGCAAAAAAUCUGAAUCUUACUGAAACCUAAAACCUGUUUGUUUGUUUGGGUUAGUUUUUCAGUAUAAUGAUUUCAAAUUAUCCGAUCCUGAAAAAAUGGAGAGAAAUGGACAGUUUUGAUAUUAUCUUAUACUUCUCUGUGUAUCUAAAUGCCUUGUUUCACGUCAUUCAUAUCUAAAAGUUUACAGCUUGUAUAAUUAUACUACUCAUUUUUUUUUCUCUUUAAGAAACAUUUUUUGUGUGGCCUAAAAAGAGAAAAUAAAUAAAUAAAUAAAAAGUGGGGGUCACCAUUCUCAUUUCAUCACAAAAAAGGGGACAAUUUCAGUUUCAAAUGAUCAUUUUUUGCGAGGGAACUGGGACAGGUUUCAAGAAAAACACCUUAUUAGCCCUGUGGAGUUACCAAAAUCGCUAUUAAAACCAUUUUGACUACAAAAGGGGCCUUUUUACUUCUUUUAAUGUGACUGGUGAAAAUCAUGGCCACCUUUCAAGUUGCAAUGUUCUGCGCAGCAGGUGAUGUACAGUGCAGAACAAGGGAAUUACCUUAAGCUACAAAAUGAUGGUCUCUUAAGUAUUUGAUCAUGUCUGACCACAGGCUGGAUUUUUACAAACACCAUUUGGUUAGCAGGCACUGUUUGUCCAUCUUAAAGUUUUUUAAGGAAGAAGAGCAGGGACUAGCUCUAAGUACUGUUUUAGGGAUGUGUUUGUCGUAUAUAGUUGUCAGCUAUUAAAACAGAGCUUGCAUCUUUGGAGUACUUGUCACCACUGCAAAUUCAACGAUUUAAGUAAUGAUCCGGAUAAGGCGGAUAGCCAUUUUAUUUUGUAAUGCGGCAACGGUGCUUUCCCCACAUAGGAAUGUUCUCAUUUUUACACAGAGAAUGCAUAAACCUACAUGAAGGCCCUUUACGCAAUAAAAUGCAUUUACACUCCACUUUGAAAGGGUGUUUUUUGUGUUAAAAGAUUUUGACCAAUCACAAGAGUUGAAAACAAUAGCCAAGAAAAGUUUACAAUUUUACAUGUUCCCCACAUAGGAUUUCUUUGUUAUUCAAACUGAGACCAGAUUUUGUUAUAUGGAAGAUGGUUGGAAAGUAAGGAUGAAUAUAUGUACCGCUUUAUGAAGUUUUGUUAACUUUUGCUGUUUAAGCCAAUCAGAAGUAAGUACAGACAAUAGAAAAGUAAGCCCCUUUUUUGCAUUCCAACAUGUUCGUUGCCGUUGUUGCUAUCGUUCUUAUCUAGACCGUUUCUUAAUAAUGUAUCAAUUUUACUACUAGCAAAAAAGAUAUUUUUAUUAGUACUGUAUGACUUCUAUUUUUAUUUACAGAAUUAUAUACAUACAUAUUAAGUUCAUUUUUUACCUAAGUAUUGUUUCAUGGAAAGGUUGUCGGCGUUAACCGUUGCUGUCAUUUUAUAUAUAGACAUAGAAUCUAGAGAGAGAGACAGUGAAGCUUCUAAUGGAAUGAGCCCAUUGUACAGGGAGUUACUUCAGCAUCAGGUGUGUAUAUUAAUGUUGUAGGUAAAAUCUGGUUUUAGGUUAAACAUGUUUUCAACCUAGGUUGAAUUGAGCCAUCUUUCACUUUGGUAAAAUGUGCAUUAAACCCAGGUUCAACUGUCUGAAAAGGGAUUUUUUAUGGGGUGUGGUUAAAAAAUAAUGGCAUGGUUUUUUGGGGGAGGACGUUGAAAAAAUAAAAGAAAAAACUAAAAGCAUGUUCUUUUUCUCUUGAUUUUUCUACUCCAUUUUCCCACUAGUCCUCCUGUCCUCUUAACCCUCUUACCUUUUACACCCAUUUCUCUUGUAUGACCCUUUUACACACUCAACAAAUCACACUGAAAUAAACAACUCUAUUUGUACUCACCCAGGUUUCAACUCACAAUUUCUAGAUUGUCUGCGUUUACCACUACACCGCGCGGAACAACAAUGCUCAUCUGCCCAUAUGUCUUUGUAUUAUUAUUAACAUUUGGUCCCAGAUUCACUCGCCCAAAAUAUUAAAGGGUACCAGGCCCCCUCAACCAUUAUUUUCUAUUUACUCAUGCAUUGUGUUUGCAAACAUGCACAUGGGCUUCAAAAUAUGGUGACUCGAUACAAUACCGAUUCAGAAACCUUUUAGAAAAAGCUAGAAGAAUUGAAAUCUACUUCUAAAAACAAAUCAAGCUUCUUGGAUGUCUACAUUAACGACUUCUUUUAUGAGAAAGCAUAUCAGUGGCUCAAACUGAACCUGCAAGGCAAAAGCUCCAUCAUUAUCAGCCGAACAGACAAGUGUGGGAUAAUUGAGAAACUAUGGAGAGUGACUACCGAUGAUGGGAAAAUACUAGACAAACAAAACAGAUAUGUGGUUCCGAAACUAUUCACAAUCCUGGCCAGUUCGUAUUCUGCCAUAGUGCAUUGAGGACGAGACAAGACAGAGGACUAUGUGAAAAAGUGCUAUUCAGGUAUAACACAGAAGGUCAUUUUAAAACAUGUUCAUAUCAAUGUGCAGCCUACACCAACAACAAAGAAGUGUUAAAGACCACCAAAAGAAACUGAUUAACCAUCCAAUUCAGGCAAAUAUUUCAUAAACCCUGUUGAAAUUGACUUAAUAGAUUUCAGAGGUUUGGAAUGUCAGUGUAAAGAGAAAACACACAAAUGGAUUCUUCAUGUAUUUGACCACUUUUCAAAGUAUUCGUGGAUGAUAUUCUCUCAUAGGCAAACAAAGUCCUCAAGUGACUGCUGAAUUAGAGAAACUGUUUUACAUGUUUGGCUUGGACCCUAAAAAACUACGUUCAGACAAUGGGGGUGAAUUCCAAAGCAAAAACAUGGAGAAUCUUUGUCAAACCCAAAUAAAAUUUGUACACAGUGCACCCAGAAACCAUCUGCUCAAGGUCAAGUAGAAUGAAAUGACACACAGAAGACUUUACUAUGGAACAUGAAAGUACAGGAGCUGACCAGCUGCAGGAAAUAGAGGUACAACUGUAGAGUGAAACAGCAGAAAGGACCAUGGUCUCGCAAAAGAAAACAAAUAACACAGUCGGUCGUAGAUAGUCAAACCAAAUAUUAUAACAAGAAGAUGAAAGUCAGUAGAAAAAAACAAACAAGCUUCAAAGUUGAUGACCAUAUCAUGAUGUGACAACAAAAAUAUGUAAAGUUGAUGAAACGACACCACUCCACUGUAGCCCAAUGUAAUACUAGGAAAAAGUAUUGGCAUGGAGAGCAAUUAUGCAAAAGUAGAAACAAAGUUUGGAAUUAUUUCGACAUACAUUUCCACAAACAGAUUUAACAAAUGUACUAGAAAAAAAUACUGUCUGACUUAUACAAGGGAGGUAACAUUUUCAACUGUAUCAUUAAAGAAGGCAGUUGAUCAUAUAUAAAAUUAAACUACAAAUUGUACUAUACAAGCAUAUUUUUGAUAAAAAUUUUGCGCAACCCCCAAAAAAUGCACUUGAGACCAGAAACAAUGCUUCUUUUAUUGAACUUUAAACAGUAACCAAGCUUCACCAUAACCCUAACCCGUACACAAAGCUAAUCCUAACCUUAACAGUAACUUAACCCUAACCUUAAGCUUAACACAAAACAUACAAAAAUUACAAAUUUAGUUUAGAUAGAAUGUUGUAUAUAAGAUAAGUUUAACCUUAGAUGAAAUACUGAUUGCACAUUUGACCUAGGUUGAAUACUGGUUUAACCUGGGAACAGAUUUUACCUGCAACAUAUACACUGUAAUGGCACUUGAACAAAACAGAUCUAUUACUGAACUGGAAGAAAAAACUUUUGGUUGACUCCUUGCAGAUGUAUUAUUGGAAGCACAGCGAAAACUAUCUCAAACAAUUAUAACAGUUAAUCUUUAAUCUUUUACAGGGCCGUAGAGCAGCCUGUGGUUUUAAUUAAAUAUAUAUAAUUCUGAAUAAUUGACACUGAUCUGCCCAGGAACUUCUGCAGUAAUUGAAGGAACUGGUAUAUGUCCUCAAUCAACUGUUACUUAUUUAACUUGUUAAGAUUUUCAGCCAUGAGACCCAAAUGCAGGCUGUAGAUACAUGUGUGCUUAGCUUUAAGGAUAAAUAUAAACUACUGCAUCUUAUCGUGCUUUUCAAAACUGAAUCCCAACAGAAUAUAUUUUUUAAUAGAGUUUGUCAUAAAUAGGGCACUGAAUAAAAAUACCGUAGAAUUCUGAAAAUAAGCCCCUCCAAAUAUAAGCCCCCCAAACUCGUAACACAAAAAACCCGCCAUUAAAUCGCCCCUCCAAAUAUAAGCUCCUCAGGGCCUUGUACUUGGAAAUUUCCGUCAAAUACAAAGUAAAACAAAGCAAAAACGGUAAAUUUCCUUCCAACUAUAAGGCUUGCCCGAUUGAUUUUGAAAUGCAAAUUUCCCUCCAUAGAUAAGCCCCUCCGAAUAUAAGCCCCUCCUCAAAUAAGCCCCUCAAAAAGGGCCUUUGAAAAAUAUAAGUCCCAGGGCUUAUUUUUGGAGUUUUAAGGUAUUUCAGCUCAUUUUGUUGUAGCUAUAGUGUUCUAAAAGCAUUUGUAUGCAUUUAAAAUGGAUCAGAUUAAUAAUCUGUACAGUGACUUUGUGAGAUGCCACAUGUCUUUGUUCAAGUAACUCCCCAUUCAAUUUUCAAGCUCAAGACUGAUGUGUGAAAAAAAAUGAGCUAAUUAAAAGAAACACAAGAAAGUGUUGGUUUAGAACUUAUUGCAUGGGCAUACUAAGAAACAAAAACUUUAAAUUGAAGCUCAAAACCAAUGGAAUAACUAACAAACUAAUUGUCCCGUUCCCCCAAACUAACUUUAUGAAGAACAGCUUCAGUUAUAGCAGAGCAGUUCUCUGGAACAGCCUGCCCUGUGAUAUGAGAGAGGCUAAAUCUUUAAGUCAAUGUAAACAAUUGGCGCAUCUGAAUUUCCGAUUUUUUUAAGUACUGUGUACAUGGCAUUCAUGCCAUUAGUUAGGGUAGUUAGGGUAGUUGUAGAUAGUUUUGCAUGUCGUUUAGGGUAGUUAGGUUUAUUUAAAAUUUUUUAUACUCCUGAUGUAUUUUAUCGUGUUUGAAUAAAGAAUUAUUCUAUUCUAUUCUAUUCUACUGUAAAAAAUCUUUCUAAACUAACUGGUAUGUACUGAUAAAAAUAAUAAUAGUCAACUUAUGCUGGCUAAAGUUUUCAAAACCCAAUUUAAUUAAAUAUUAAUUAAAUUAAUAAAUUAAUAUUCAUGGUAAUUUAAUCUUGUAUCACUGCAGUUGUAUAAUUUUACUGUUAGUGUCGAAAGGUUCUCUAAUUUCUUACAUAUUGUCUGAAAUAACAAAUUGUAAAUAAAUUAUGUACAUUUUUAUUAGUUGAUGUGUCAAUUUCAUUCAAGUAGAUGAAAAAAAGUCUUUCCAAUUUUAAUUAAAAGAGAAGUUGAAACUUUGAAUAAUUUAUUCUCUACCAGUAAUCUAGAGAAAAGAUUGGUAAUUAAAGAUUUCUUCAAUGUAUUCUUUUCAGAUAUAUUUUUUAUUGUUCAAUCUUUUGUAAGCAAUACAAUCAUUUAAUCUUCUAGUAUUCCUUUGACUAAAAUAAUUAGUACAUCAGCUCCUCAAAAUAUCAGGAGUUGUUUUUAUAUCUUAGUCUUAUUUCAUCUGUUUACAUUUCAAGUAGGACAAAAUCUACCAUCAGGUGCAUUUUAGUGAAGUAUUUCAGUCUGCUGGCUUUAGCAUUCUAGAGUUUUUCAUUUGGUAUGAUUUUUUUUUCAUUGUAGUUUAAGGAAAUACUUUUCGAAUUGGUGUGAGUUAUUUUGAACUUUAAACUUGUUGUUUUCAAUUUGUACUAUAAAAUAUGAUGCAGCCUUGAUCCAUAGCUGUUCUGCACAUGUAAAUAAAAGGUUUGAAUAUUUCUUACUCACGGAAUCUUUUCAAAUGAUUCAGGAAACUACAUAUUGUUAUUAUAAUUUAAACAUAUUCAUUUUAUGCAAAUCUACAUGGUUGAAGGUACUGAUAAAGAAGAAUUGAUUUUACAAUAAGGUAUCUCAGGUUUUUUUUGUAGCCUUUUAUUUAUGAACAAGUGUGUUACUCAAGGCGAGUUUUGGGAAGCUUGAGAAAUUAUUUAGAUACUUGAAUGAUUAUGGAAAUUAUUAUGUCACAAAAUCUCCUUGUGAAAUUUAUACCGGGGAUUCAAUGGUGAUUUUAAAAAGCACAACAUCCGGUAUUCCAUUGAAGUUAAAAACAAUUUGCUGGUAUUUUUUCAGCUGAGCCAUGGUGAGCCAUCUUGGGUCCCUGGAAGUGGAGUACAGUCACCUGUGAUGUCAGAAACAGACCUUACUUCCCUGGCUGGACAUCAAUAUGAUGAGCCUUCAAUAUCCAGCACCCCUGUGGAACAUAUGGAAGAGCUAUUACCACAUCAGGAAGCUGAAAGCCACUCAGGUGACUUCUCAGGGCAAAGCGAUGGAUUACCAUCACAUCCCAAUGGCCGAGGAGAUGAUGAACAGAGUGGUAAAUAUCAGCAAUCUUUAAACAAAUAGAACAAGCACUUGCCCAGUUUUAAACAGUGUCAUUAUAAUGAUGUUAUUUGUGGUUUGUAAAUAGACCUUGUCACGGUUUUUAACGCCAUCUUGACAAGUAGGCAAACGUGUGAGAAAUUACAGUGUUUGUGUGAGAAUCUAAUGUCCAGAAAAAUAUGAAUUGUAAACUAAAGUUCACUCAAGCAUUCUACUGAAAAAUUUGAGGGCAUUUUGUAUACUAGAAGACCCGGAACCUUUUCUUAAAAUUUUCUAUACAUUUGUCUGUAAAAUUUUCCCGCAAAAAAUUGCAGACAAAUAUAUGGAAAAUCUAAAGCAAGCUUCUGGAGAAAUUUAAGCACCAUAACGGCCCCCAAAUUUUGUUAGUAAAAUCCUUUGCUGUGUAGCUGUAGUUUACAAUUCACAUUUUUUCCAGAACAGCCGUUUUACGGAAAUUAUUCAACAUUCUCAUACAAACACUGUAAUUUCUCACGUGUUUGCCUACUCGUCAAGAUGGCGUCGAAAACGGUGACAAGGUCUUUUGGUCUCCGUGAGUCUUAUUUCACCUGUAUUGUAAGAAACCUUUCUUCCUGAAGUCACCUUUGUUCAUUAAAUUGAGCUGAACUAAUUUAAAUACUGUAAAAGAAGGAUCACCCACUAUUUCCUUUUGUAGAUGGUGAAACAGAGGAAGCCAAUCUACAACUUCAAUCCUUCUCUUCAGUGCCAAGCAGUCACAGUGAGAGAGUCAGCCCUGACAUUAGGUCAGUAAAAUAUUUUAUUUGCAAUUUAAACACUAAAUAACAACAUUGAAUCCAAAACCAUAUUGUCUAGAGAACACAAUUCCACAUUUUGAUCAGACCAUUUUCUCAAAAUUAGUUGGGCACAGGUAAGACCUGUCAUGUAAGGCUGUGAGACUCUUGUUUUAAGACAGUAUCUGAGACUUCAAGAUCAAGAGAAGUUAACAUGCAAUAUUUAAGAUUUCAAUUUUGGAUCAAAAUUUUCUGAGGACCACCAUUAUCAUUAGGUCCCUUUGGCUACCCUUGAUAAUUUUAUUGGUUUUUAGCACAAAGCUGGCCAAUGCUUGGGAUUAAAGAGCGUUAAUUUUUGUGGCUGGUCAAGUUCCAGUUCGUUAGUUUUUUUUGCUCAAAUACUAAUAAUUUUGUCUAAAUUCCUUUCAUUAUGUAUUACAACUUUAAAUUUGAUGAAGACAUUUCUGUCCACAGGGUACCCAUCGAGGUAGGUGCAAGGGAUUACUCUGUUAUAAGUCCAUUGGUGAUUGAAGCCUUUGUACGGGAAGGCUCUCCUCCAGUCCCAGAAGGUCCUUCAGGUGAAGAGAACACGAUUGAUGCGCCAUCUCACACUCCGCAGUCCACUUCAGGAAGAGAUGGCGAUGCUGCUGAAGAAACAACGCAUUUACUUUCUUCUUCGGACAGGCACCCCACAGAACAUAGCCAGUCAGCUACCAGAGCCAGUCCUCUUGGUUCUUCAGUACUAGAUACAGGUACAUUUCCAGCCAAUGGCAAUACAGAUGUGUCACCAGGCAACCACAAUGCUACCAUAUUUCCUCAAAGACACAGCCCAACAGGGUCUGUUCAGAGCAGUUCAUUGUUCUCAUCCGGUUUACCCUCUCCUGUAAUGUCUCCCAGGGGUCGUAGCCUGUCUGAUACAGGUGUAACAUUAGUUCCUCGAGGGAACCCUCCUGGGUCUUUGAACGGUCAAACACAGCUACCGCAAAGACCUCAGAGUCUAGUAGGCUUUGUUCCUACAACAGCGGGUCUAUUAACCACCCUGGGGGGCCCUCCUGGUGCAGUCUCUGGUGCUGAGGAAUCUCCACCAACUCCACCCCACGUAUCUACUGUUCAUAGACAUAGUCCUACAGGUUCCAAUCACAGCGGUGUUCUUCAUCCGCACCGAGGAAUAGGAACUGUGGAUUUACCACAACGACAACAACAGCAGCAGGGAAGCAGACUCCCGAGCCACAGAAAUACUCCUGUACUUUCGCCCCAUAAUGGAUCUCUUGCAGCAGGCCAGCAUGGCACACCUACUGUACACAGUCCAAGACAAGGAACCUCUGGUGGCCGGGGGAGCCCCACAGAGCUUCUCGUGGAGAUAACGCAUAGACUAGCUGCACCAACAGUGACCUCUCGUUAUGAGGCAACAGAACCUAUUCAUGCAGUCCGGCCUUCCGCAAGCCAACGAGAAAGGGAGCAGAGAACACCAGUUUUACGUAGACCAGACACAGGAAGCCCAACGGAGCUUCUUAUGGAGACAGCGUUAAGACAACAUACACCACCAGUGUCCUCCCGUGCUGAAUCAAGGGAGUCCAUUCCUGCAAUCCAACCUUCAACAGGACAGAUAAAAAAUGAGCAUGAUACACCAAUAUCACACAGAUCAUCAGGCAGAGUAAGCCCAACAGAGCACCUUACAGAUACAGCUUACAGGAGAGGCUCGCCUGUGGUACGUGCUUCUCAUGAUUCUGCUACUCCUGUGGCCUCAUCGGCGAGCCCGCAUCUACGUCAUCGUGACAGUGGCAAUAGCACACCUUCAGUGCCCAGUCCAAGACAAAGAGCACCCGUCCCUGAAAACUCUUCAAGACAUACAGGUCCAGCCUCUGAGUUGCCAUCAUCGGAGUCGAGGGUAAACCAUCGUGAAAGUGACCAUCGCACAUCACUAAUGCAGGGGCAGGAAGCAUCACGAACAGGGACGCCAACACAGAGGUUACAGGUUUUUUCACAUGCUUGCUCAAGUAGAUCAUCUUCGGUUCCCAGCCGACCAGAUCAUUCCCCACCGCGCGUCUUUUCUCCUUCAUCUCUACCUCGUGAAUCAUCUAUUCCAAGUCGUGAUAGUGCGUUUGCAGCUGUGACUGGAGAGCGUGCUGCGCAUGUGGGGAUCCUGCCUUCAGAAGUGGAAGAUCUCAGACAGGAGAGAGAUAAUCUUGCCAGGGAGCUGAGACAGAGAUCCGCUCAUUAUGAAGCAGAGCUCAGGAGAGUCAAGUCUAGGAAUGAAGAUCUUCAACAACAGCUGAUGAGUAUUGAGGUAACUUGAUUAUUUCCAAGACCUUUGUAACAAUUUUGGGUACGAAAAAAAAUUUGAGUUAUCUCAAUAGAGUUAGUUUUUGAAGUUUGUUCCCGAAGGUUAUCCCACAGUUUCCCCAAACAGUAUUGCAAUAAUUGAAGUGAGGGUGUAUAAGAACUUGGUAUAUUAGAUGUAAGGUCGCUUGGGGAUAAGGUGCCUUACUCGCUUGCUGGCUCCGAUUCCAGAAGAUGGUCACUCCAAGAGAUUUAGCACUAGCGACUUGGGUAACUCGAAAAUCAUUAGUCGCAAGUUUUGGGAAACUGUUACAGUACUUAGCCUAUGCCUAUAGAUCCAAUUAACAUGAACUCGGUUUUAGUCAUAUUUAGAGUGAGUUUGUUCGCUCUUACCCAACUGUGAACAUUUUCUGAGUAUUCGUUUAAACUUGUCCGAACAUUGUGAAUAUUUUUGCUCGCGUAUGUAAGAUGGGUGUCAUCAGCGUACAUCCGAGGCUCGCAAUUUGACAGGCAGUUGGAAAGAUCGUUAACGUAUAAUAGAAAUAGCAAUAGACCUAAAAUAGUACCCUGAGGGACACCACAAUGUAAAGAGCAACUGCUAGAGAGGAGAGUCAGCUAAGUAUUAUCAUAGCGUUAGUAACAGCUGCUAUCUUCACUCUCCGUUUUUUCCAGAUUCGACCUGUUAAGUGUUAAAUUUCCUUUGCUAAAGAGUGCAAAUGUAGUUUGUUGACUCAUAAUAUCGACCGACCUCACCUGACGUCGUUUUCAACGACUAAUCAACGUGGGUCAAAUGUCUCGGCGAUAUAAACUGUACAUGAUGCAUCGGCUGUCUUCACUCGCCCUUCUUGGACGUAGUCAUUUAUAAGUUAUUUUCUGUUGUUCAGACUGUAGCAACCUUAACCAAGCAUGAUGAAGACAAAACACAGGCGUUAGAAGAGAAAAUAGUUCGACUCAACGCAACUUUGCAGGGUAAGGAACAAGAAAUAAGUACCCUGCAGGAAACCGUAAGGGGACUGGAGAGAACCAAUCAGCAGUUGAAGGAAGAACAGGAAAGUUUGAAAACAGUGAAUGAACUGAGACUUGAAGACAUAAACAGAGUCAAUUCAGACCUACAGCAACAGGUAUUCAACGAAUAACGAAACAUUUCUGAAUUAUCUUUUUGGGGGCUGUACACGUUUCGGAGUCUCUAUCCGAAUGUAUAUUAUAAUUAAGGUCAUCGGUAACUAGGCUUCGAUUAGAACAUCCAUUGGCUGUAGAUUUCCCUUAUGGCAGAUCCACCCUGAUAACUCAUUGGUGAGCUCCCACGCCAAAAGAAAAUACGAAUUUCUCCUUAUCUAGUGCUGGGAAGAAGAUAUUGUGUGAUUAGCCAAAAGAACGCCUUCAUAGGAAGCAAGCGCUAAUGGCGCCGUGAAUAUUAAAACGUAGAAGCCAUACAGAAAUUGGGUGCGGCAAGAAAUGCCAACCUUACUUAGCGCAACUGGUGCAACUGAUUGUCGAACGGGGUAGUUGUAUUUUUUGUGUGUCCGGAUUGUAAUUUCUUACAAAUUUGGGUUUUCAGUUGUCGGAUUUGAGACGCAGAUCGGUGGAAGCCAGGGAACGACAAGAAAGAGACGAGGAAAAAAAUAUUGAGCUUCAAGUGUUGCAAAGGCGUGGUAAACGUCUUGAAUUGGAGAACACCAACCUAAGUAGACAACUCAAACAAACCCAGCAAGAGUUGGAUACUAUCAAGGCAGUAACUAGUAUAAGUGGUUCUAGAGUUAGCAGAGCUAAAAGCGAAACAGAUUUGUCCAGGAAAUUCAGCAAAUACACUACGUACGACAAAUAUAAAUACAGUGAUCUUGACCAUUCCACAAGAACUGUUAGUUUCGCUUCGACAUUAGACAAUGCACGCCUCGGAACAGCUCGGCAUAGUUCGUUAGAUACGAAUUACAGUCAAUCCCGUGACUCAGGUGUGUCUCCGCUGAUAGUGAAUGGUCACAGCCCAAGUAGACCUGAAAGUAAAAGAGCGGCUGCAUCACCUUAUUCUUCUGUUCAAGAUAGCAGAGUCCUGCGUGAGUCGUAUAGUCGCAAGGUAAGGGUUCCGAGGCACCGUGUGGGUUCUUUAGGAGAAGACAGUGAUGUUUCUGAUGAUUUGGAUCUGCAUGCAACAGCGUCACUGUUAAGACAUCAAACACGGAGUCCGGAGUCUUCAUCCUCAUCACUCAUAUCGUGGGACCGAGACCCUUCGCUACAUCACCCGCGGGAUACGGAGACUGGGAGGAGAAGGAGGCCACAUUCAUAUCAUGGAGGUAAUUAGAACGUCUUUAUUCAAAUUUACCGAGCUCAAUAUUUAUCUUUAUCAUGAUUCAUGUUAUUACCACACACCGGGAUGCACUCGACAUUGCUUAUCCCAGCCGUAUGCAGCAUGUGUCAGUCGAGAUUUUUCUCCAUCUUGCGUUUGUCGCAUUGUAAGCUCGUAAGAAAAACAGAUUUUCUAUCGUUUCUUUUCUGACACGACAGGAUCUCUUCAAGACCAGUACAAUACCAAGGACGAUUACUCCAAAUCGUCCCAAUAUCAGUCGCUGCGUGACAUCGGACGGCAUGCCACCUCCUCGGCAAGUUAUUCUUCAAACUCUUCGCUUCUAACAACCACUACCCACCAACCUCCAUUUAGCAAAGUCUUCACCAAGCCCUUUGCACCGACUUCUAGCCACGACAUCCAGUUGGGCAUGGACGUAUUGGUGACUAGGUCACGAGGUCAGAUCGGACGCGGAAAAGUGAAGUAUGUUGGACCAUUACCAGGCCGCCGCGAUACCUAUAUAGGAAUUGAACUGGGACCUGGUCAAGGUAAAAGGACAUGUUCAGUUGUGGCAACCAAAUUUACUUCUGAAAAAAAAAACCCUUUCCAAGGGCGGCUUUCCGUUCUUCAGUGUAUUGUGAUAAAUUUGAAGCCGACGGUGGUUAAUUGUUAAUUCAAAAGAACCUUUUUUUAAUGUCUUUUUUUUUUUUAUCUGUCAGAUUGCAGUGAUUAAUUGACUUCAUCAACUGGCUGUGCUGUACAGUCUUUUAAGUCCCCCCCACCCUCCCCCUGUUUUUAUUAAGAGUUAUGAAGGCUCUGAUUCCUUUAGUGUUAGUAUAAUGUAUGAAUCAAGAUGAAAAAAGGCCGCUACAACUCUUUCCUCUACUAUAGUGACACAAGGAUAUCCUUUAUUAUUUCGGGCGACCAGAGGAGGCCGUAAUCCUCGUGUACAGGUUUCUGUUAAACUUGCGCAGCACAUAUGAAACUAGCAAUCGUUUGGCCUUUCACUAAAAAUGAAUGGAAUGCAUGCAGUGUAAUCUGAUGACCGCGCGUUUGGGCCUUCUAUCACGUGAAAUUUACCCAAACAAUAGCGUUGGAGCAAGAGUGUUUGCGUCAAUCUCUCCCGCUCUCCAUAACCAUUGGUUAUUACUGAUUUUACAUGAUAACAGUUGUUUCUCCAAUUCUCUUUUCAGCGGGUAAACACGACGGAUCCUUAGAUGGACAGAGAUUGUUUACUUGGUAAGUAAACUUCACAUUCAAGCAGACAUUAUUUAUUGUGUUAUCUUAUGGUUAUCUUAUUGUGUUAUCUUAUUGACCCGCUGUUUGAUUUUGGAGAUAAAACGCUGUUUUAAACGGACCACUUAAAAGUUGAACUGUAAGCACUCUGUGUGGCCUUUUACCUGUGAUGAAUGGGAAGCUGGAGUUAAGUUUGUUUAACCUUCGACCUGCUUGUCUUGUAGUAGUAAUGUUUAGGAAAUAUGCGUUACCUAAGAAAACUUGGAUUUACUAUUUUAAAAAAGUACUGUGCCAAAACUGAGUGUUAAGUGGUACUGACUACUGUAAACUGGUAGGUUUCAAUUGAUAUGUGUCUUUAUUAAUAAUAAUGUAUUUUUCUCCUUAAUUAGUAAACAGAACCAAGGGAUCUUCGUCUCGUUCAGCAAAGUGGUCAUGUGUUAUGGUUAGAUCUCAUCGUUGUUAGUUCGUAAUAUAUUUUAUGGUAUGUGGGUAAAAGAUUAAAAGAUAGAUGGCUGUCAAAUGUUUGUGGUCAAGCUGACUGCAGCGUGUACAACACGUGAUGAAGACAUUCUGAUGUGUAGCCUGCGUUACAGUCGGCCCACUCCCCACUCCUCUAAACUAUUUGUAUAGUCCGUCUCUGUACAGAAGGUUUAGAGCGUCUGUGACGCAGGCAAUCUUAUGUGUUGUCAUAGUACUGAUUUGCUUUAGACUGUCAGUGAGCAGUGUUUGAAUUACUUUUUAUUUUACAACAAGAGUAAAAUAUCGAGUGAUACGCUAUCUUCUGUGGCUUGUAAGUUACAAUGGUUUUAACUUCUUGGUUUACAGUCAACUUUCUUUCUCCUGACGGACAGCAGAUAGCCAUGCCCGCCGUCACUCCGUAAGUAGUCCUUGUCUUCGACUCAAGGGCGGACCCCCAUAAAUGCACAGGGUUCGUACAGAGUCUUAAAAAAGUCUUGACAUUUGCCCAGCAAUUUUCCAGACCUGAAAAAAAAUCUGGAAAAUAGACAUCUUUUUUUUGAAAGCUACAACAAGUGCUUUAUAUGUGAAUCGUUUUCGUUUGGGUCAAAUCUUUUUCAAUCUUGCCCGUACGUUUGCAGCGCAUCAUGUCUCUAUUGAUCACCUAUUAAUUUUGAUAACCUUGAGUCUGGAAAAAGAAAUUAUUGUUUUGGAAAAAGUAUGGAAAAAGUCUUGAAUUUUGGAUCCCAAAAUCCGUACGAACCCUGAAUGCAGUUCUAAUGAUCCUGUCUUUCCAAGAGAGUGGACUGUAUUCUAUUUGAAAUUAACCCUCCCAUUACACGAACAGAGCUCUCUAGAGAUUAAGGUCCCUUUUUUGACAAACGGAAAGCGGUUUUUCAUUUCUGUUGUUUGCAGUUAACAUGGUGCUUAAUCUCCCUAGUGUUUACUUUUUUAUGAAAAAUUCUUCCGGCGUGUGUUGCAGUGAAAACCUCUCUAAUGAAAGUCAACUCUAUAGGCUUUCUAUGCAGAUCUACUUAGUAUUAAUAAGUUGUUACUAUUAUAUUUAUUAGCGUUCAAGUGAAACAUCUUUUACUGGUUUUAUCUCUGAACAAAAAUCAUCUUAGGCGAAGAAAGCUAGUCAGGUUGUUAUAAUCGUAUACAUCUUUAGAGUAUUUAUAUUUUAUCUUUAUCUUGUAUAUAUUUUGCAAACAUGCGUGUUGUCCAAGAUAGUAGUUCUACAUCGCUUUACCAAUACUAAUUUAAUUUAUUUGGAGGAAAAAAGUAACUGACAGUUUGCCCCUGGUUUGCCGUGACUGAAAGAGUAGCUGGAUAAGAUCUGUUGGAAAAAUUAAGGCCGGACCGGACUAGUAUGGACAUUGUUGUCUUAUAUCGUUCUAGUAUAUGUGCAAUUAGUAAAAUCCAACUAAUGGUCUAUUAUCAAUGCUGCAUUCUGAUUGGUUGAGCUACUACUAGGCUAUAUGUUAUAGCCCACUAGUAGCGAAAAACGCCGGCUUUUUGGCGGCAAAAAAGGAUUAAAGUCUAGCUUUAAGUAGCUAAAUUUUUUUCUAUUCUCGAUAUUUUUGACCAACUAGUUGGAUUUUACUAAAACAAUUAUUCCUUAUUGCUGCCCAGUAAUGCAAAACGGCCCCUUCCGGUAAGCGUGCGUCGCUCAAAAACGUCCUUGCUUAAGUUCCCUAAUAGCCCAUUCGGCCUUCGGCCUCAUGAGCUAUUGACUCAGAGCCCAUUCGGGCUCGAGGAACAAUUGUUAAAUAUUCUUCCUUCAAUGAUACUAAUGAGAAUCUGCUUCAGUUGUCAUUCGUGGUGUGAAAACCUGUGCAAUUAUAUGAAUCUUUGGGGGAAAAGGUUGAAAAAAUAUCUUCUUAAAUCAUUGAAAAAUGUAUUUCUAAGUGAUUUGUACGAUUUAAUCAAUGAUUUUUAAUAAACAUACUGUUACCAUCUAAGCCCAGUCUUUAAUUUUUUUCUUUUUUCAUUAUUAAUUUUCUAAGGGGUAAACCAGGUAGCGAGAGCACGUUAGGGGAACAUAGGGCGCAAACUGUUAUUCAACGCACAUGUCUGCGAGUGAUCCCUCGAGUAUGGGCUCCCUCUCGGGUACGUCGCUUUUUAAUACUCGCACCUAUUCCCCAUGGGCCUCCUCAGCUAGACAGAAAAAGAACGAAGAAAAAUGCGACUGCAUAUUCAGAUGUCGUGCAUGUAUUAAAGCGCAUUUUUCUAAGCCCGGAUACCUUGUUUCGCAAAGCUUCUCAGGCUCUUGACUGUUGAAGUAAAAGUGGAAGAAAUAAUUUGAGAUUGAGAUCUAGAUCAAGCCGGAUCUAUUUUCGUCUCGCUUGGUAAACAAAAUGUAGCGCAACCACAUAAGAGAGAAUGUAAAAUCCGCCAAAAAAUCGGGUCUGAUCCCAGGUUAGGGAAAAAUGUGUGCUAUCUUACAAUACUAUUAAAUUCUACGACUAAAUGUCGACAAAAAUUCCGAAGAUCUAUCAGUUAUCUGAAACUUCUCAUCUAUCAUAUGUUUGGUCAGUAGGUUCCUUAUCAAAAGUUAUACAUGUAUACACCAGUCAGCUUAUGUAAUGUGUCAGGCAUACAUACCAUAAAAAAAUGGUUGAUCGAAGGCCAUUACCUAUAUUCUCAGGGCUUUUAUUUCUGGUAUUUUAAUAGGCUGCGUAGCACGCCGUUUUUCUGGUGUGUUUUUCAUUUCCUUUGUGGUUCGCUACAAAGCCGCACGCCAAACGAGGCGAGACGGGAGGGAGGAGGGAGGGAGGUAGCCUGCGUUGCAGACACUCUAAACCAUCUCGGGCUACAAAUGGUUGAGACGAUACAUGGGCCGGAUGCAACCCAGGCAAGCGGAAGGGGGAGCGCAAGAAAAAAGGAAGAUUGUUCUCUCUGCCCUCUUCUCUCUCGCCCCCUGAAAAAAAGAAAAAAAAGGAAAAAAACCCUUGCUAUGCUUAUUUUCAAAUCGGGUGUAGGUUGCCCGCAUAACAAGCGCUAUUUUUUCGCCAGUUUUUCAGCGCGAAGUGCGCGAGGAGAACUAGACACGCGCGAGACACGCGAGACGGCAUUAGUCGCGAAAACCAGUGGCAAUAGUCAGCGGAUUGCCAAGCAGCAGACAUGGGUACGUUAUGUAAUCCAUAACAAACAUGGCCGCCGUUCGUAUGACAUUGUCUCGAGCUCAAAUACCGGUUCUAGUCUUAGCCGAUUACGUCGGGUUUAAACAAAUAACUCGUUUUCUAUGUACAACAGCAUCCAUUGUAAAGGUGAAGGACUGUUUUCUUCUGUUAGGUUUGGACUGGAGCGCCACAGUCGUGGAUGUUCGCGAGGCGUACUUACGGCUAGCAAAGCAGUAUCACCCGGAUUGUGGGAAGACUACAGCUGAUGCUGUGAAAUUUGCUCGAAUAGAACAGGCCUACAGGGUGGUCAUAGAACAUGUUACCACUUCAGUAGAGAAAGGUCCAGAAGUUACCGAUCAAGAUUUCGACAAAGAGAUAGUAUUUGAUAUCCACCAUACCGCUCCUCAACAUAGGUAAGUAGCGGGUACGCAGAACGGUAGGGGGGAGAAAAUCCCGCAUAGUUAACCUUUUAAGUACACAUUUCAGCUCACUUAAAUUGCAGAAAAACAUCUUCCAGUGGGCAUCGAUUUUAAAAUAUUUUAAGCCUGUUCCAAUUAAAAAUAUAUCGGAUGUAAACGUUCGACUAAAGAAUUUUCCUGAUUGUUCUCAUUCUACAGGGUAGGGGAGGGGUAACUGGGUAGUUCUGCUCUAUGAAGGCAUUCUGAUAUAACAGGCAAUUACCAAUAUUGCGUCACAGUCCAAAGGACGUUUUUUCUUCAUUAUUGUACAUCAAGACGCCCACUGAUCCCUGUAUCAUCAGACAAAUCUCCUUGAAAACCAUACCCUUCCCACCUCCUCCUCAGGCGCAGAGGUGAGUGCAAAAUGCGAGAGACAUGCGAUUAAUAUUUUAAACCCAUAUAUGGACACAGCCCUCUCCCAGGUAGCCUGCAUAGCAGGUGUUAGGAAAUAAUAAGACAUGACCGGGCAUACUCGAGGGAGACAUGCGUGCUCAUUCUUUCUUGCGCCCAUUAUUUCCUAGUGCCUGCUCUGUGGGCUAAAAAUGUGUAAGAGCAAAUAACAUUUUCCUCUAUUAUCAAAUAGCAUUUUCCUUUAUUAUUUUAUCUCCAAUCUCUCUUGGACUAUAUCAGACUUGGGUGAGAGUGUCUGGAGAAAUUUCAUUCCUACAUAUAGUAUUGUCUCCAUACCAACCUAACAUUGCAAUGUUAAGAGUCUAAAUCCUAGUAUAUGGCAGAAUCACUAUUUGUCUUAUGCUUUUCUAUCCUUGGUAUUUAAAGGGUAUAUCCCAUAGUUUUCGCAUAAUUUUGAUAGUCACUUGACCCUGAGCUGCAGAGGGCCUUUUUAUAAGUGGUCUAUUAAUGCUUUUUGUAUCUUUUGCCCCAACUAGGCAAUACCUAGAAUAUGAAGGCAUUGGGAUUGGUUCACCAUCAAAGAGACAGAAACAGUACCAAUAUUACAGAGUGCAAAGAGCUUCAGACAAAGUCAUAGAUCACAAGACACAGCAGUUUGGAGAACAGGAAACCUCAAUAGCUGAACCUGAAAAGAGAGCUAUAAAAAGAUCUAAGUACUCUAAGGUAAUUGACAGACUUGUGGAGGAUCUCAUACAAGAAGCCAUGUCUAAAGGAGAAUUUAAAAAUUUAGCAGGAAGUGGAAAGCCACUGAAACUUGAACAGGAGUACUAUGUUGGUAAGUACUGAAUCUGUACCCUCUGACUAUUGAAGUAUAAUUUUUUUCUAUUUAACCCAUUCGCUCCUGGAGAUUUUGCCGAAAAACGCGUUUUGAAGCUAGUCAAGUGGUUUUCUGGUCACUGUCGUGCUAUAAAGAGCUAAAACUUACCACAAACUGUUUUACAGGUCGAACACUUCACUGCCUUCUGAUCCAGAUGCAAAAUAUCAGCUUGCGAAGUUCGGGCAUGCGCAGAAAGCAAAAUUUCGAGAUAGUUUUUGGGUUUAAAAGUGACACAGCAGUCUUGACUUUUACUUUUCGCUUUCUCUCGUCCCUUCUUUUUUCGCUUUUCUUGCCUCAUUUUUUUUUCUCUUGCUGGGCAUUUAGUGGGCUUCAUUUUGGUGGGAAGAGUUUUUAGGAAAGCUUUUAGGAUCUUAGGCUUAGGUGAAAGGAAAGGUAGGUGGGUAAUGGAACAAGAUUUUCAUGGAGAUUUUCAGGUCAAUGUCACAUGGUUUUUUGCUUGUUUCUCCGGUGUCCUUGACUGAAUUGUGCUCAUUCUGGUAUGGUUUGAAAGAUCUCUUCACUCUGCACAAGUUAGCGAAGAAAGUUGUCCUUGACCGUUAAAACUGAUGAUGUCACAAUGGGUAGAAAGGACCUGGAUCCGCACGGGCGGUUACGGGCGGUUCAGGGGCAAAUGGGUUAAAUUGUAUUGCUACAGUGUUGACUUCUUAAUAACCAUGCAGAUUUUAAUUAGUUGUUUUGCAAGUAUAUUUAUUUCUCUUAGCAUAUUGUGGUUUUUGCAUGUCAUUUGCCCAAGAAUUCUUUAGAUUAAUUUGCAGUCAGUAACAGUAUUGAUGUUGUUUGAUUUUGUGAUUCGCACCUUGGAAAUGCUUCAAAAGGAGUCCUGAACUAAAUAAUAAUUCAUAAGCAGGUUGAGUAUGAAAAUAAUAAUUCCUAUUGCUUUUUUUUCUCGAUGUAGAUUCAACCACGCGGAGGCUUAAUGAAGUACUCAUAGACUCAGGAUUUGCACCAGAAUGGAUUUCGUUGGAGAAAGAAAUUCGACAGGACAUUGAACUUUUCAGAGAAGGACUGUUGUUUAGAAGAAUGAAACUGGGACCCAGUCCAUUAGCACUUCAAGCCACUGUCCAAUGGAAUCACGAUGUAAAGGAGUUUGAACAGAAAAUGCGUUUGAUCAACAAGAAAAUCGAUAAAUUUAAUAUGAUUGUACCCAUUCUCAAUAAGCAAAAAGUUCAUUUCAACUUUGAAAAAGAAGUGAAUAAAACUGUGGAGAGUUUUGGGUAUGGAUCAUACGCUGAGGAAGAUGAAGUGGAACUUGACUCUUCCGCAACGGAAAACAACCAAGCGCGCGGUAGUGCUACUGUAACAUUUAUUAAAAAAGUGAUGGAAAUAUUCAUCGAAAGGUUUUCAAAAGUUGCUAUGCAUAAAAGUAGAACAUAAG